GGGAAAGCAAAGCCAUUCUCUUCAAAGUUCAAAUUUCAAAACCCAAAUCAAACCCUAACUUCUUCAACGGUUCCGCCGCCGGCGGUCGUGGUUGUCGGCGCCUCCGCGGCUUCCUCUUUCCCCUGUCCCAAACCCAGACUCUGUUUUAGCUCGGCACGUCGUCCAUCCAUUCGUCUCGCCGCUCGCCGUGGUCCUCGUCCUGCUCUCCGUUGAAGUUGAAGUGAAUUAUUCAUGUCACUGGUUCGAGCUGGAAUAGUUGGAUACCCUAAUGUUGGAAAGUCAUCAUUGAUAAACCGUUUACUAAAGCAAAGAAUGUCCCCUGCAGUCCCCAGACCAGGAGUUACAAGAGAAUUGAGCUUCUUCCAUCUCCCUCAUACUCUCUCAUAAGUCAUAGAUCACUGCAUUACAAGCAAAUCCAGAACUGAUGAAGUUCAAGGUAGCGAAUGCAUCGGAAUACCUGGUAAUAACAGGUGCAGGGAUCCAAGACGUGAAGCUUGCGAAGAAAGCAUGGGUGUUUCCAUGGCAAUCAUGCACCACCUUGGACCUUUCUCCGGUAAACUACACGUUCGAGCUCCAAGCCAUGAGCGCCGAGAAGCUCCCUUUCAAGCUUCCUUCGGUGUUCACAAUUGGUCCACGUGUCGACGAUCACGAGUCUCUCUUAAAGUACGCCAAGCUCCUCUCGACCCAUGAUAAGCUCUCCAACCACGUUAAUGAUCUCGUCCAAGGAGUCAUUGAGGGCGAGACGCGUGUUCUUGCAGCCUCUAUGACUAUGGACGAGAUCUUCAAGGGAACCAAGGAGUUCAAGCAAGGUGUGUUCGAGAAAGUUCAGCUAGAACUGAAUCAGUUUGGGCUGCUGAUCUACAAUGCGAACGUGAAGCAGCUGGUGGAUGUGCCGGGACAUGAGUACUUCUCUUACUUGGGCAAGAAGACUCAGAUGGAGGCCGCAAAUCAGGCCAAGGUGGACGUUGCUGAGGCCAAGAAGAAGGGAGAGGUUGGUUCCAAGCUUAGGGAAGGUGAGACGCUCCAGAAUGCGGCCAAGAUCGAUGCCGAGACGAAGAUCAUUGCCACUCAGAAGAAAGGCGAGGGCGAUAAGGAGGAGAUCAAAGUGAGGACAUCAGUGAAGGUGUUUGAGAAUUCGAAGGAAGCAGAGGUGGCAGAGGCAAAUGCAGAGCUGGCAAGGAAGAAGGCGGAGUGGUCGAAGGUGGCGAAGUUGGCGGAGAUGGAGGCUAGAAAGGCAGUGUCUUUGAGGGAGGCAGAGCUGCAGGGGGAGGUUGAGAGGAUGAAUGCUAAGGCCAGGACUGAGAAACUUAGAGCUGAUUACCUUACCCAGGCAAGCGUUCAGUAUGAGACCAAGGCACAAGAGGCCAACUGGGAACUAUACAAGAAACAAAAAGAAGCAGAAGCAGUUCUUUUCCAGAAGGAGAAAGAAGCUGAAGCACAAAAGAAAUUGGCAGAGGCAGAGUUUUUCGCUCGCCAACAAGCCGCCGAUGCGCAGCUAUACGCGAAGAAGAAGGAGGCAGAGGGCCUUAUGGCAUUAGGGAAAGCCCAAGGUGCAUAUCUAAAGACACUCCAUGAAGCACUUGGAGGAAACUAUGCAGCUCUAAGGGACUACUUGAUGAUAGAACGUGGAAUGUAUCAAGAGAUUGCUAGGAUUAAUGGCGACGCGGUACGUGGACUCAAGCCGAAUAUCAGCAUUUGGACAAACGGCAAUGGCGAAGGUGGUGACGGUGGCAGUGCUUUGAAGGAGGUUGCCGGUGUGUAUAAGAUGUUGCCACCUUUGUUUAAGACAGUUGAAGAACAAACUGGUAUGCUGCCUCCGGCUUGGAUGGGAACCUUGCCUCAAAAGAAAGCAGAUCAAGCUUCUUUAAAGUGAAAAGAUUAGUAAAGUGAUAAACAUGAAUGAAAUAUCAUUUUAAUAUUUUACCAAUUUCUCUAGUUUAGGAGAUUUCGUCAAAAGAAUGUUUAUAUUAUGUGUUAACUCAUCUACCAUUAAUAUGACAUGAUUAAGUAUUAGUUCUCCUCCAUAAAUUUGUUUAUUAGGCUAUUUUCACA